GGAAACAACAACAAGCUAGGCAUCAUGAGGGUUCCCAAAACACUGAUUUGGGCUGCUUUUCUCAUCCAGAAGGUGGUGGGAGAGUAUGGCAUGGCCCAUUUCAGUGACAAGGGCAAGAGCAAAGGAAAGGAUUACUGCAUAUUCUUCAACUCACAGUGGGCACGUCUACCUCAGGACCUCAAUAAGGCAUCACGUCUCCAGAUCUAUGACUUAACACCAUCAGUCCUGUGCUCGCCCUCUGAGGUCCCAGAGGGAGGCUUCCCAAACCGCAUCCCCAUGGUGAUGAGGGGCAACUGCACUUUCUAUGAAAAGGUUCGCCUGGCCCAGAUUAAUGGUGCCAAGGGCCUGCUCAUUGUCAGCAAGGACAGACUGACACCACCAGCAGGAAACAAGACUCAGUAUGAGGAGAUCGACAUUCCUGUAGCACUUCUCAGCUACUCUGAUAUGCUGGACAUUAGCAAGACCUUUGGUAAAGGACGACAGGUUGCAAUGUACGCACCCAAUGAGCCAGUGUUGGACUACAACAUGGUGAUUAUCUUCUUGAUGGCUGUAGGAACGGUGGCCAUGGGAGGCUACUGGGCCGGCAGCAGAGACAGCAAGAAACGUUACAUGAAGCACAAGCGGGACGACGGUGCAGAGAAACAAGACGAGGAGACAGUAGACGUCACCCCUAUCAUGAUCUGUGUGUUCGUAGUCAUGUGCUGCAACAUGCUGGUGCUACUCUACUUUUUCUACGACCGCCUAGCCAUUUGGGUCAUCGCGAUCUUCUGUGUGGCUUCCUCUGUUGGACUCUACAGCUGUCUGUGGCCUUUUGUUAGGAGGCUUCCUUUCUGCAAGUGCAGGAUCCCAGAGAACAACCUGCCAUACCUCCACAAGCGUCCACAGAUUCGUAUGUUGCUGCUGUCUGCCCUCUGCAUCAGUGUCAGCAUCAUCUGGAUGGUGUUUCGCAAUGAAGACCAGUGGGCGUGGGUGUUACAGGACGCCCUGGGGAUCGCCUUCUGCCUCUACAUGCUCAAAACAGUCAGGCUGCCCACAUUUAAGGCGUGCACUUUACUACUGACAGUCCUGUUUGUCUACGAUGUGUUCUUCGUAUUUAUUACACCCUUCUUCACAAAGAGUGGGGAAAGUAUAAUGGUGGAGGUCGCGGCUGGUCCCUCUGACUCCGCCACACAUGAAAAGCUCCCUAUGGUGCUCAAAGUGCCACGGUUGAACUCGUCUCCUCUGGCCCUGUGUGAUCGGCCCUUCUCCCUCCUGGGCUUUGGAGAUAUUUUAGUACCAGGUCUGCUGGUAGCAUACUGUCACAGAUUUGACAUUUUAACACAAUCCUCCAGGAUCUACUUUGUGGCCUGUACUAUCGCUUACGGCAUCGGCCUGCUCAUCACCUUCGUGGCCCUCGCCGUGAUGCAGAUGGGCCAGCCGGCCUUGCUCUACCUGGUGCCUUGCACUCUGCUCACCAGCCUCACUGUAGCGCUGUGGCGCAGGGAGUUGCCCCAGUUCUGGACUGGAAGUGGAUUUGUGGUGAAUACCAGUUUGAUAUGACUGCCUACUCCAGAAGAACAAAAAGACUUAAAAAAAGAAAAGAAAAAAAAAAAAAGCAACAAAAGAAAACAAAAACAAUCUAGUGUUAAAUAUCAUGCAGAGUAAAGUAGAAUUUCAACCUCCCAUAGUGCUCGCACCAAUCAACUGCACACAAACCGCAGCGCCGCAGACAGAUGGGCCCUCGGCUAAACUGGAGCCACAAACCA